AAGAAACUUCAAAUUUUGACAUUUAACUUUCGCGAUUUCGAAUUUUUAAACAAAAAAUAGCAGCCGAAAAGGUGCAUUUAGAUACUCUCUGAUUCGGUUUAUUAAUUUGAAAGCAAGAUUCACCGGGAUGCCAGAAAUUGAAGUAGAAUUCGGUUCCGAUUUCAACGAAAAAGAUGCUUUCAUUGAUUUGGACCACUAUCGUCGGUUAGUUCACACGUAUGUUGAUAUGCGCCGGUACAAGACUGCACUGUAUUGGGCAGAGAAAGUAUCCACUUUGAGCAAACAUCAUCCAGCUGAUAUAUACUGGCAAGCACAAUGCAUGUUCUUGCUGAAAGAAUAUCACCGUGCUGUUCAUUUAAUCCGUCACAAUCAACUGGAAAAGAAAGACGUUCUCUGUCACUACUUGAUCGUUGAAUGUUUACUUGAAGCAAAGGAAUACUCCGAGGCAUUGGAACUGUUAAAUUCUGUCGACGUUGAGCUACUAGUCGCGUCAACAAACACAUCGGUCAAUCAAUCGAAAAGUUUUACGGAACAAUCGAAAUCUGAAAUUCAGGCGUCGAUUUGGUUUCUUAAGGGCAAAGUGUUGGAGACAAUGGACAAUCGAACGAUGGCAAUUGAUUGUUACGUGCAGGCAUUACACUUAUCGGUGCACUGUACCGAAGCGCUGGACGCUCUGGUCCAACAUGAAAUGCUUCAAGCGUGGGAAGAACACGAAUUAAUGAAGAAUCUGCCGUUUUCGCAACAAUGUUCGGACACCGAUGCCCGGUUCCUGAAGCAAUUGUACAGGAGCAAAUUGAAAAAGUAUUAUGACAGCGACAUGAGCUCUAAUCCAGAACAGACCCCGAGCUCUAAGUUUACCGACAUGAACAUUUUGUCAGCAUUAACGGGUUUUGGUGAUGUUCGCAGUGCGUCUCGUUCGACGGACACGAAUGCUGACAAUAAUCGGUCAAAACUAUUCACCCCGAUACAGCAAAAUAUUCUGUCGCCAGCAAAUAAAAUUUUGCAAGAUCUGAAAAGCACUUCAACGUACAAUAUUCACGCCAGUCUAUCGAAAAGUUCGUACUCAUCCAGCUUUGACACGAGCAAAACGUGCGAGACACCAAAAGCUAAAACACCGUCAACUUGUAAAACAGCUAUACCUUACGCCGUCGCGUGCGAGCGAAUUCAUUCAAGUUUGGAUAUGCGAGUUGCCGAAGCGGAACGAUACUUUUACAACAGCGAAUAUAGGAAGUGCAUCAAAUUAUUGGAUGAUUGCCUUCUUGUGGAUCCAUAUCACAGUGCCUGUUUGAUUAUACUGAUUGGAUGUUUCGUUGAGCUGAAAGAGUUUAACAAACUAUUCUACACGGCACACAAACUAGUCGAUUUGUAUCCGGAUCAGGCGAUAUCAUGGUAUGCGGUCGGUUGUUACUAUGACUUAAUUGGCAGAAGCGAACCGGCUCGACGAUAUCUAGCCAAAGCCACCACAUUGGAUCGUUUAUUCGGUCCGGCUUGGUUAGCGUAUGGUCAUUCGUUCGCCAAGGAGAACGAACACGACCAGGCGAUGGCAGCCUAUUUUAAAGCUACUCAAUUGAUGAGAGGUUGCCAUUUACCAUUACUGUACAUCGGAGCCGAAUGUGGGCUCACAAAAAAUUUGGAACUGGCCGAAAAGUUUUUCUAUCAAGCGAUGUCAAUUGCUCCGCAAGACGUUGGUGUACUGCACGAAAUCGGCGUAUUGAAAUUCGAUUUGGAAGAGUUCGAUCGGGCCGAAGAAAUUUUCAAAACGACUCUUGGUAUUGUCACUAAAAUAGCCGAACAGAACAACGAGGCCAUAUCGCAGCGAUGGGAACCACUGCUAAACAAUUUGGCCCAUUGUUGCAGAAAAAAUAGGAAAUAUGAGGAGGCGUUGAAGUAUCACCAGCAGGCAUUGGUGCUGAAACCACAAAAUGCUGCUACAUACACAGGCAUUGGAUUCGUGCAAGCGCUAAUGGGUCAACUGGAAAAGGCAGUCGAUUCGUUGCAUCGAAGCUUAGCUAUCAAGCGGGACGAUGUGGUUACAUCUGCUCUGCUGAAAAAUGUUAUUGAAGAUCUGAUGGAAGAGCCAAUGCCGAACAACAUCAUUGGCCAAGACGAUAAACCUUUCGUUUCACCGGACAUUAAGCCGUUGAUCAUCAAUGAAACGCCACCGAUUUUAAUGAAGAAAUUGACCUUCGACAGUUCUAUUGCGUCACCAUCAUCCGAAGUCGUAGAAGUGGAAGAUGAUGAUGGUUCCGACAUGAGUUUGGAUAUGUAAUAAUAAAUUUUCAUUACCUUCAGUAAAA